AUGCGUGCAACAUUGAUGUGGACAAUUAAUGAUUUUCCCGCAUAUGCCGAUUUGUCUGGAUGGAGUACAAAAGGCCUUCAUGCAUGUCCCUGUUGUAUGGAUUCAACUCAGUCUAUCUGGUUAACUUAUGGGAGAAAAUAUUGUUAUAUGGGGCAUAAGAGAUGGUUGCAUAAGGAUCAUAGGUGGAGAAAGAUGAAGAAAUCUUUCGAUGGUACGAAAGAAGCGGGAACAAGGCCUGUGACGCCAAAUGGUGAUGAGCUAAUGAGACAAUUAGAGGGUGUAGAAUCUUUGUUUGGGCACUCUAUGGGCAAAAGGCCAAGAACUAAUUCCUCGAUCAACAAAGAGAAAAGUAUUUGGAAGAAGCAAAGUAUUUUCUUCAGACUCCCCUACUGGAGACAUAACUUGUUGCGUCAUAACCUUGAUGUAAUGCACAUUGAAAAAAAUGUGGUUGAUAAUAUUCUUGGAACGCUGUUAGACAUGAAGGGGAAAACAAAGGACAACGACGAAGCACGUAUGGACCUUCGAAAAAUGAAUUUAAGACCUAAUCUGCAUCCGGUUACCACAGAGCAAAACAAGACAUACUUUCCCUCUGCUUGCUUCACAAUGUCUAAGGAGCAGAAAUAUAACUUUUUAAAGGUCAUACAGGAUGUAAGAGUGCCAGAUGGGUACGCUUCAAAUGUGUCACGUUGUGUUAAACUCAAGGAACAUACUAUGGGAGGGAUGAAAAGUCAUGACAGUCACAUCCUCACGCAACAACUGCUGCCGGUUGCCCUGCGCGGUUCCUUACCAAAGAAUGUUGUAGAACCUUUGAUACAGUUGUCUGGGUACUUCAGGGAGAUAUGUUCCAAAACAAUGCGGUUAGAGGAUUUGGAUCAUCUUGAGUCUCAGAUCCCCAUCAUAUUAUGCCAACUGGAACAAAUAUUCCCAUCGGACUUUUUUACCUCGAUGGUGCAUGUUGUUGUACAUCUAGCUACUGAAUGUAAACUAGGCGGACCGGUCCACUUUAGAUGGAUGUAUCCUACUGAGAGGUGCCUUCAUCAAUACAAAUGUAGCGUUCGCAACAAAGCUGCUCCAGAAGGCUCUAUUGCAAAAGGGAUGCACCUACAGAUUCUAAGGGUUUCUCACGAUGGAUCUGAAAAGGAUUUGCAAAAUAAGCACGUACAUGAAUUUUGUGACUGGUACCUGGGUUAUGUUGACAGCUUGGAUGAGGUACACAGAAAUUAUUUGGGGUCCAAGCUUGUUUGGCAUGCAAAAGGACCUAUGCAAUCCCCUGUCUCAUUUAACCGAUAUGUCACUAAUUGUAUGAUGUUUCGGACUUUGGCUCAUGAUAUUAGAAAGAGAACUCAAAAUAGCGAAGUAAGUGUGUCCACAAUAGAUGGCCCGACCUACUACGGCAAGCUAACUAACAUAAUUGAAGUGCAAUAUUAUGAUGGGACUCGAUAUGUGAUGUUCAAGUGUGAUUGGGCGGAUAUAAAAAAAGAUAAGGGGUACAAGGAAGAUGGAUAUGGUAUAGAAUUAGUGAGCUUCAAACGCCUGAUACACACGGGAGAGAGGAUCAAUGAUGAACCCUUUGUAUUAUCUUCUCAGGUAUCACAAGUCUAUUAUGUUGAGGAUGCAAGGCACCCAGAUUGGGCUGUUGUUGUUAAGACUAAACCACGAAAUGUAUACGAUGUCAGCCAAGGGGAGGGUCUUGACGAUGAUGUUGGGGACUAUUGCGAGAACGUGCCUUUCAAUCUGAACAUGCUCCAAGAAACGAAUGAUUUUGGCAAUGAUGACGUUGAUUGCGCUCAAAAUGACGUAGAUGUCACUGAAGUGGGAUUGUAG